UGCAGAGUAUUACUCAGUACGGGGGUCUCACGGCCAGUGGGCAGUGCAGUCUAUUACUCAGUGGGAUCGGUCUCGCACGAGAGAGAGAGUAUAAUAUUCAGAAAGGGGCUGUCUCUUUCCCUGUAGGCGGUGUCUCUGCCAGUGCUGCCACUGUCCCCUUUAUUCUCUCUCAGGGGUCGGCGAAAGUGACUGCCCUCCUGCAGCAGCAGCGGAGACAGCCGGGGCUGGGGGAGCUAUAGAGCCGGGAUCGGGUGGAUAUAUAGGAGACACUUUCUCGGGACACCUGCUGAGCGCUCCCGGCAUUGCCCUUAGGGCGUCCUCCCACCCGAGACAACAGCAGCCACUGACACUCCCACCCGAGACACCAUCCCGCUGCAGCAGCCCACACCUCACUACUGCUCUCUCUAUGGGACCCCCGGCUGCCCACAUGGAUGUGCUGCUCCUAGCCCUGCUGCUGCCAGGCUGUCUCUGUGCAGUCACAGUUUCCGUCCCCCCAAAAGUUGAAGUUGAAUCUGGUCAUGAGGCAGUCUUCAAGUGUACACCGAAGUUCAGCGGCUCUCCGAAGUACAGCGUGGAGUGGUCUUUUACGGACCGAGAAGGCAGACAAAGUCGGAUAGCAGCCUAUAACGAUGGGCGCACUUCCGUAGAGCCGGGCACAGACUUCAGCAGCAGAGUGGACAUUAAGAAUGAUAACAGCCUAGUGAUAAGAGAUGUCCGCGUCAAAGAUGAGAAUACAUUCCAGUGCCGAGUGAGCGCAGGGAGCGAGGGGAGCGGAGAGGGGAGCUCUGAGCUGAGGGUGUAUGUGUCUCCAUCGGCUCCAGAGCUUACUGUAAAUACCCAAGUGUUAUCCGUCACAGAUUCUGAUGCGUCAGAGGUUGGUACCUGCACUAGCCGAAAUUCCUAUCCAGCACCUACCAUAGAGUGGUACAGAAACCAAGUUCCUCUGAAUGCUGGGACUGAGAAAGGAACAGAUUUAUAUGCUUCAUCCCGCACAACAACUGAGGCCUCCGGCUUGUACACUGUCUCCAGCAAGCUCUUCUUGAAGCCCACAAAAGAAGACGCAGAGGCUGUAUUCUCCUGCAAGGUCGCAUUUCCCCUACCAAAAGACACCACCAGUCACAUGGAGUCCAAGGAAUUUAAAUUGUCUAUACAUUAUUACACAGAAAAUGUAAUGUUUACAGUGUUACCUGAUGAACCCAUUAAGGAGGGAGAUACCGUGACCUUACGCUGUGAGGGAGAUGGAAAUCCGUCCCCGACUUACCUGUUCCACAAACUAAAGGGCACUAACGACGAGGAGCUGAACUCGUCGGAUGGCAUUUAUGUAUUUGAUAACAUCUCCAGGAAUGAUGCUGGGAAGUACCGAUGUGAAGCUCUGGAUUUUGACAGCCCCGAACAUGUUGAGCUAAUAAAGGAGUUAGAAUUUGAAGUACACUACCUAAACCCUGUCACUGUUAUCCCAUCGGAGCAAGAAAAACAUUCCAUUGGGGGGGAUAUCCAACUGUUUUGCUCUUGCGAUGGCUCAGAAAAGCCCAAUCUAGUCUGGAAAAAGGAUCAGGUUGUUUUGUCUGAAAACAGUAGGUAUCGGCUACGUAAUUUGUCCUAUUCUGAUUCCGGGGUUUAUACGUGUGAAGCUACUGUGGCGACAGUACCAGGACUGCACAAGGAGCAGAGCAUCAGUGUUAUUGUGGAGGGUCCUCCAAUGCUGGAAUUUGGAAAUGAUUUCUUUGAAGUACCUGCUGAAGGAGAGAUGUUAACAUUAGUGUGCGAAGCAAAGGGUUACCCUGAGCCUGAGAUUACCUGGAAUCCACCAGAGCUGAAGGGUUCCCGGUCAGUCUCUGGCCUGAAUGUAGUAAGUGAGGUCUCCGUGAAGGUCACGUCCAAGCUCAUUAAUGACGUCUCUUGCAAGGCGCAAAAUUCUCUUGGAACCAAGGAGAAAAAAUUCACACUAAGCAUCUCGAGUAUGGUAGCCCCAAGCACUGCACCUGCCCAAGAGCAAAGCGGUGGAAGCAGCACAGCCAUCAUCGCGGUUGUUGUGUGUGUCAUACUUCUACUUCUGGUCGUCGCUCUUUUCUAUUUCCUACAGAAGAAAGGAAAGCUGGCAUGUGGACGGUCAGAGAAACAGCCUCUAUCUCAGGAUCCUGCUUCAGCUGAGCUUGCCGUUGAGUUAAAAUCAGAGAAGCGACAUGACCAGCGUGGGUUGUUGGGAUCUCAUGGAGGAGGCGGCCCAUCUGCAGAGUGUUAACAAGCACAGAUGCUGGGUUCUCCUGUUUUAUGGACAGUGCCAUCUUUGCUUGACCCAGAAGUCAGCUGACCUCUCCAACCUGUGGAUUAAAUAUGUUCAUGACUUCUUGCACUUGAUUCAAGCUGCAAGAAAAGAAAUAACGCAAGGACUCAAUAUAUAAGAGAUUACGUCCAGAGAUCCCAUGGAAGCCCAAUAAGAUAUUUGGAGAUCUAUUAUUCUGCUUUGGGAUAUUUUUUUUAUUUUUAUUUUACGUUAUGGACAUGUUAAAGUUACCAUACUAAGGUCUGUUGUUGGAUAUACCCACAACCUAGAGUUGCCUUAAGUGGUGUUUUUUUCAUCGCUGCAUUACCCACCACAGACCUCCAUCAAUUACCCGUCAGUUUUUGUGUUUUCGUUUGGGCUUUUUAUGCUUAUGUGUUUUAUUUUAUUUUUUUACCUGACUUUUUUAUUUUUUAUUUCUCCAAAUGUAUGUAAAUGACUUACACAGUCCUGCUGUUUUGAAGCUGUUCUCCCAGCAUGCCUUGGGGCAGUAGUUCUCAGUGGGCUUUAAACUGUUACACUGGUGUUGGCCUGCUUCUGUCCGGCCUGUAUGUAUAUAAUGGAUUUCUCUAUGGUCAUUACACUGGUCAGACCCCUA